AUGGGUUCGAAACACCACCCGGAUUUGGUAAUGUGCCGAAAGCAGCCAGGCAUAGCUAUCGGACGUUUAUGUGAGAAGUGCGAUGGAAAGUGUCCGAUCUGUGAUUCCUAUGUUAGACCUAACCUUCUUGUUAGGAUUUGCGAGGAGUGCAAUUAUGGAAUGAACCAGGGAAGAUGUGUUAUUUGUGGAGGACCAGGGAUUUCGGAUGCGUACUACUGCAAAGCGUGUUGCCAGUGUGAGAAGGACCGUGACGGAUGUCCCAAGAUUAUAAAUCUCGGAAGCGCAAAAACAGACCUCUUCUACGAACGGAAGAAGUACGGAUACAAUAAACAGACUUUGUGA